GAACUAAGGACUUUUAUUUUAAAAAUAAAACCCGGAAGUAUUUUCCUAUCCAGUGUGAUGUAGGGCUAACGUUACAAAAACACAUGCACGUGUUUCCGCUUUUAUAGAAAUGAUCAGAAGGAAGUUAGAUUGUGUUUAAAAACCCGGGUUAAAGCUUCCGGUUAAUGCUAAACAGACAUGGAGUUCCUGAAGAGGGCCGCUGUACCGGAGGACGCGGUUCAGUACCGACUCUUUCUGCUCCAUCCGCAACGUCUGGAUGUUCAGGAGAAGCAGCGGCUCCUCCUGCGGUUCCUGGAGGAUGUCCUGGCCGAGGUCGCUGCUCUGCUGGUGGGCUAUAUUUGGCAGAAGCAGCCGUUUAAUCUCAGUUUACAUCCGGAGAAAGGGGGCGUCCCGGCUCACCUGGGCGGCAGCGUGGAAUUCGGCGACAACGUGGAAGACGAGUGGUUCGUCGUUUAUCUGCUCAAACACAUCACAUACAAGUUCAGCGAGCUGGCUGCUAGCGUCCAGGAUAACGACGGACAGUUCCUCCUGAUCGAGGCGGCUGAGUACCUGCCCAAGUGGCUCGACCCUGACAGCAGUGAAAACCGGGUGUUCCUGUACCACGGAGAGCUGCACGUUUUGCCCAAUCGUUUGCGUGCUGGAGAAGCGGGAUGGCCUCGGGAUUCAGUGCCGUCAGUACGAGAGGCUCUGGAGGUGCUGCACACACACGGCGAGCACUGCGUAGCUGAUCGGCGCAUCCGAGCUGCACUAGAGCGUCGACUGGAGGGGUACCCUGGUAAAAUCCAGACCAGCCUCCACCAUGCACAUUGUUACGUACCUGCGGGUGUGGCAGCGGUGUUGUCACGGCGACCUGACCUCAUAGCUCCAGCUGUUUCUGCAUUUUACCUGCGUGACCCUGUUGACCUUCAGGUCUGCAGAACUUUCCGGAACUUUCCCCCCGAAUCCAGAGUCCUCACACUGGUGACGUUCACCCGUUGUCUUUACGCUCAGCUGCAGCAGCAGAGUUUCGUUCCUGACCGGAGGAGUGGAUUUACUCUGCCGCCUCCAUCACACCCUCAAUACAAAGCCCACGAACUCGGCAUGAAACUGGCGCACGGUUUCGAGAUCCUGUGCAGUAAAAGUGGGCGCACAGAGGCCAACUCUGAGGCUCCAGUGACCGCUCAUCCGCUCUGGAGAGGAUUCCUGGACAGCCUGAAGAAGAACGAUUACUUUAAGGGGGAACUCGAAGGCUCGGCUCGAUACAGAGAGCUCGCGACGGCAGCCGAGAGUUUCUUUAAGCAGUCGCUCUCCAGCGUACAGAUGAGGGUUUCACCCCGUGACUCUUCCAUCCACCGCACUUUGGCUUUUCCACCAAAUCCAACAUUUCAGCGGUAUUUCAAAAAAAAUAUAUUAAAUAACAGUAUUAUUAUUUCUUGUUGCAGUUGUGUUCAUGGUCCAGGUGAGGAGGUGUUGCAGGUGUUAGAGAGCGCCCCCUACAGUCUGGAGGAACUGAAGGAGCAUGUAGCUCACCUUCCACCAGAAGACAGUGACGACUGGUUAAACAUCACCCCAGAGGAGCUAGAUAGGUUGCUGGAGGAAAGAGGGGGUCUGAGGUCAAGUAAAGGUCAAGGAGUCACGUGUGGAGCAGGAAGGAGUGAGGAUGAGGAGAAGCAGCAGGAGGAAGAGGCCGGAUUCACUCUAGUGGCUGUGACGAAAGGGAUGAAGGACUUCAUAAACGCCAUGUCGUCACACCAAGGAGCUGAAUUCCCCCGGUCGUGUUUGUCGGAGCCGUUCAGUAUCGACCCCGAUGCGGUGACGAGCGCUCUGGACAGACUGCUUGGUGGUAAAGAGGAGGAGCUGGACUCUGAUGAUUUGGACGAUGAUGAUGAUGAUGAUGAUGAUGGUGAUGAUGAAGCAGAGGAAGAAGGCUCUGAAGAGCAGACCGGAGCACAGACGUUGGAUAAUCUGAGGAGGUACAUGGACGAGAUGGACCAGGAGCUUCAAACCACGAACGUCGGACAGAGUUUCACGUACAACAGCAAAGGCGGCGAUAUCGGAGCAGAUGCAGCAGGAAGCUCUGCGCAGACAGAAGAUGAUCUCCAGCCUUUAGACUUGGACGUCAACCUGGUAACCAAUUUGCUGGAGUCGCUGUCCUCUCAGGCCGGUCUCGCCGGACCCGCUUCAAAUCUGCUGCACAGCCUCGGCCUGCGCCUGCCCCCUAACGCCGAUCCCUCCUGAGGCCACGCGCCUGAACCAGCUGGUGCAUCACAUCUCAUGUCUUUACUAGGAAAUUCCUAAUAUGACCACUAUAUUUAUAGUGUGUUCAACACUGUAUGCUCCAGUUCGUGUGUAUGUUUGUACAGGAUGUCGAAUAAAAGCGGUUUUGUAAAACACCACAGAGUCGAUUUGUAUCAUUUGGAAAUUUCUCAGACAUGAUGACAGUUGAGAAAGAGAGAAAACAGGACCGGUGUUUUGCCGUGUCGUUCUUCACUCUUCCUGAUUAAUUGACUUUCUGCUAGUGUUCUAUUAACGGAAUGAACCGACACUCCUCACACACACACAAGUCAAUCAUUUGUGAUUUUAUCUUGUCCGAUUGUUUCCCUCAGACGGAGCCGGUGACACAUCCGCAGGUUUGUUAGGUUACAGAUCACCUUUUAUUGAUAUUUUUUGAAACCAUCUUUACUUUGACUCCUGCCUGAUUCAUUCUAUUGUGUAUCAGUCAUGGACUACGCUAAACAUUUACUUUAUUAGGAACACCCGUUCACCAGGUGAUGUUUUUGCCUUCUUAC